CACAGCCUCAGCCCCACAGACCCCGGUGCAGCUCCUCGUGCAGCCUACCCUCCCAUCGGUGCUAGUACCCAAAGCAAUCAGUGACAGCUGCUUCUCGGCCCCCAUCUCCCCCCCUCCCCUUCUUCCCAUUGCAAACUGGGGGGGAAACAUUUCCCCUUACCUCCUUUGGGAGUGAGAUGAGUCGCCACCAGCCAGGACUGCUGCGGUACCUUCCGCCUCCCUUCCACCCAGGUUGGGGGGACCCGGCAGGGCACGGUGGCCCGCAGCACAGAGAUCCCUGUGGGUGCGCACCCAGAGGCAAAGACGAGGCGUCCAGUUUGGGAUCUGAUGCUGCGCACUAUCCAGCCCCCCAGGCAGAGGGGGUCACCUUCUCCAGGCUUGAGUCCACCACCAGCGCCGGGACUGGACCUUGUCAACGCAUCGGCAGCUCCUCACAGCCUCAGGUAGCCAUCAAGCCAGCAGGUUCCCAGGUGCUUUCGUUGCCUACUGAUUUCACCCCCCCUGCUGCUAAUGGGCAUCGGCGAGGAAGUCGCCCUUCGUCAUCCUGCUCGGACACUGUAGAGGGGGAUUAUGAAGCGUCCAUUAGACUGAAACCCGGCUCUGGAUCAUCUGGGAAGGGUAAAACGGAAGAGCAGCGUUUUUUUCUCCAGGAGGCUCCACUGUUAGACAGGCCUAAAGACGACAAAACAUCGCAAGAAAUACGAGGUGUAUGCUGGACGGACCAAAAUGGCGUGUCGAAUGGCUUCCUAUUGUGUUCUUUGACUCCCUUAAAUGGACACCGUCGAUUUUUUUUUAAAUUUACUCUUUUCUCUGAAUCCUGUUGACUUUCUAUUGUUGCGCCUAUCUCCUAAAACGACUAAAAGACAUUAGACUGAGAAUUUUAACUGGGCGCAUUUGACAGCAGCAACUUGUGUCUAGUCAGAUUCACUUUUCAUAGUCAGUUUCUCCUUUGCUUUGUGGGAAACUUUUCCACCACAGGAGGUCAAAUAUUAUUGCUAUUAAUAAUAAUACUUAAUAACAUAUUGUUAACAUGUAAUUGUAAAACCACAAAAAAAUUGGCAGGGGGGUUCAGGAGCAGGUCUAAUACCUGAAGCUACCUUUAGCUCUUUUCUUUAAAAAAUGACCAUAAAUUACAAAGUGAUGGUGUCUCUUUCAAUUUUGCAAGGAUGACAUUGUAUCUUCCCCCCCCCCUUCAUUUUUUUUCCCACCACUCUUUUAUUCUGGUACAUGUUCACAUAAAGGUGGGGUAUGACAUUUUAUACUGGAUAUGAUUUUCACUGGUCCUCGGAGUCUUACAUAGCCUGUGGACAUUUCCAGCCAAUCGCUUUCUCUUCUAAAUUUCGGAGAUGAGGCUGAGUGGCGUCAUUAUCUCUGAUCAUCGUUAUUUCACUGCGCACCUUGUAUUAAUUUGCUA